AUGUCGAUACGCCGUCCCAGCGCAAGGUCCCGGGCGGACCGCGACAACACGAGUCUCCUUGCCCCCGAUACGUAUGACGACGACGCCUCAUCCAUCCACAGCACGCGAAGCGACCAGGACAGCGACAGUGACGAUGACCAAUUGCAAUUGCGUGCGCGGAACAGCCGCGAGCUGCGUGCCGCCGACAGUCUAGUCUUUAUGGAAGAAGAGGAGAUCGAGAGUCUCGUAGAGGAAACACGCAAGAAAAAGGAGCUGCAACGCCGAGGAUCUGGCCUCGCUGUCCCGAAUCCCCUGAAGCUAUUCGGUCGAGGCCCAGACGGCCAACGGCCCGGAUCCAGAGAUGGCUCAUCCGAAAAUCUCCUUGACGAAAAGGACAGACGCCAACAGCGACGUAUGAGGAGGAAACAGAAGAAGGACCGGCUGCUGGAGAAGGCGACCCACGGCGAGGACGGCGAGCUGAUGUAUGAGAUGGAGGAAGGGGCCAUGAAGGAGGGGAGCUCGACCGGGGAAAGCAGCGAAAGGGACGAUAGCGACGAACUCGAUCGACAGAGACUCAAGAUUGUGACCAAUGCGAAGACCGAUAAGAGGAGGACUUGGCGCCGUUGGCUGCUCAUACACAGCAUGAUUGCCGUCGGUUUCGCGAUCCUGUUUCUGGUGGCGUGGAAGUUGUCAAUCGGCAGUAGGUCAGCACACAAGGCCGAGUUCGUCAGCAAUGGCACGGCGCUCUUCGCGCCGACGACGAUCAUUAUCAGUCUUGACGGCUUCCGCGCCGAUUUUCUGCAGCGCGGGAUCACACCGAGAUUGAACGCUUUUGUAAAGGAGGGUGUUUCGCCAAAGUACAUGCUCCCGGCUUUCCCGUCCGUCACAUUCCCGAAUCACUACACGCUAGCGACUGGCCUACACCCCGAGAGUCACGGUAUCGUUGGAAACACUUUCUGGGAUCCGGACAUGCAGGCCGAGUUCUACUAUACCGACCCAGCACGCAGUCUCGAUGCGAAGUGGUGGAGUGGAGAGCCAUUUUGGGUGACAGCCGAGAGGCAGGGUAUUCGUUCCGCGAUCCACAUGUGGCCGGGCAGUGAAGCGCACAUCCUCGGUGUUGAGCCAACAUUCCUCGACAAGUUCAAUGGCAAAGAAGUACUAGACAACAAGGUCAGCAGGAUCCUCGAGUUUCUUGAUAAGCCGGGCAUGGAAGACAAGACUGCCAAGGUCGAAGACAUGCGCCCACAGCUCAUCGCUGCCUAUGUGCCCAACGUCGACGCGGACGGCCAUAGAUACGGACCGAACAGCACGGAGAUCCGGGUUUCCAUCGAGUCGGCCGAUGCUAUGAUGGAUCAGCUCUUCCUGGCUCUCGAGCAGCGCAACCUUACCAACAUUGUCAACGUCAUUGUCGUAUCCGAUCACGGCAUGGCCACAACAGAUACGGCGCGCCUGCUUCAGCUUGAGGACCUCGUUGACACCUCCAAGAUUGAGCAUACCGACGGCUGGCCGCUAUACGGUCUUCGACCGAAGAACCCAGAUGACCUUCAGGGGCUAUAUGAUGGCUUGGUCGAGAAGUCCAAGACGAAUCCCAACUUUGAGGUCUACCUCCGCGACGUCAACAUGCCCGAGCGCUACCACUUUUCCAAGAACAAGCGUAUUGCACCCCUGUGGAUCGUUCCCAAAGCUGGAUGGGCUAUUGUCACAAAAGAAGAGAUGGAUGUGGAAAAGGCGCUGAAGGAUGGUACGGUCUACAACCCCCGCGGAUUGCAUGGAUACGAUCACGAGCAUCCCCUCAUGCGCGCCAUCUUCAUCGCCCGCGGACCGGCUUUCCCGCAUCCGCCAAACAGCCAGAUCGACAACUUUCAAAACAUCAACGUGUACAACAUCCUUUGCGAUUCCGUCGGUCUUAUUCCAGAGCCCAACAACGGCACUCUGCGCCUGCCGCUCACCACUAUGGGUACUCACAAGUCCGAGGACACACCCCCAGAGCCCGAGGACCCUGUGCCCCCGUACACCACUACCCAGGUCCCCGCUUCUGCCAGCACACCACCAGCGGGACAGUCGGCUACCCCUGAUAAGUCCAUUCAGGUGGACCCCGUUCCCCAGCCAACGCCUUCCGCGCCGGCGUCAAACGAUGACGAGAAAGGAGAUGAUGAAGAGAGCGACGGAGCCGAUGAAGACGCCAUGCAGAAGGGCAAGGAAGCCAUGAUUGGAGUUUGGGAUUGGCUCAAGGAUAAGUUUGGAAAGGUUUGGGACAAGAUCAAGGGAUCAAAGGGAGAUAAGGAAUCGAAAGAGAAGGAUGGAUCGGAAUGA